AUGCGUCCAGGAACACCAGCUCGAACAAUAUGCACCCGCUGCUUAAACCGCUGCCGGCUUUUCUCAACCACAUCAUAUUCGUAUGAACAACAGAAGCGAAAUGCCCUACCUCCGUCCCCGCCGCGGUCCGGCUAUGCUCGACUCACAAAUCGCGCUCUUAUAUCCGUCACUGGGGUUGACAGUAUAACAUUUCUCCAGGGUCUGAUUACGCAGAAUAUGCUCGUCACCAAUGAUCAAAAUCGUGCCGUACGCCGAACAGGGUCUUACACUGCAUUCCUGAAUUCUCAAGGCCGAGUAUUGAACGACGCAUUCAUCUAUCCGUUCCCCAAGUCCGACGGCAAUAACACUACAUCAGAUGACCCGGGUUGGAUAAUUGAAGUGGACAAAACCGAAGUGACAAGCCUCCUGAAGCAUCUCAAAAGACACAAACUCCGCGCGAAGCUGAAACUCCGCGCUCUGGACGAUGGAGAACGUACCGUUUGGUCCUCGUGGAAUGACCAUUCAGAGCCGAAAUGGGCGGCAUAUAACUUGGGAUCAGGGUCGACGUCGUCUUUCUCCCCAUCCGCAUCGAUCACUGGCUGUAUUGAUACGAGGGCGCCAGGUUUCGGGUCGCGGCUUAUCACGCCUGGCUCUGAGGAUCUACGAGCUCAUCUUCCUGACGAAGCGCAGAUCGCGGGCAGCGAAGUUGAGCUUGAUACCUAUACCAUUCGAAGAAUGCUGCACGGUAUAGCUGAAGGGCAAAGGGAGAUUGUUCGUGAAUCUGCCCUUCCUCUCGAAUGUAACCUAGAUAUGAUGCGGGGUGUCGACUUCCGAAAGGGCUGCUAUGUAGGGCAGGAGCUUACAAUUCGAACCCACCAUACUGGUGUUGUGAGGAAGAGGAUUCUUCCGGUACAGCUUUAUAAUGACGCACAAGACGUUGCUGCAACUACUGACAUGCCCGUGUACAAUCCGUCUUCUUCAACUCUCCCGGUUCCGCCUAGUGGAUCAAACAUCUCUCGGGUUGGCGGGAGGAAAGGUCGAAGCGCUGGGAAGUUCCUGGGUGGGAUUGGAAAUAUUGGUCUUGCAAAUUGCCGACUGGAGAUGAUGACUGAUAUCAACCUCACCGGUGACGGAACCCAGUAUAACCCUGAACAUGAGUUUAAACUAUCAUUGGAUGCCGUGGAGGGAGAAUCGGCCGCGGAAGUGAAGGUGAAAGCCAUUCUACCUCCUUGGUUGAAGGAAUAUAUCCUUUUCGGAGGAGUAAGGAAAAGUGCUUCUGUGGCAGAUAAUAGAGAGGACCAAAGAAUAAAGGAUUUUCUGGGACAGUUGGAGGGAGAGGUAGCACAGUCGCGGAAUGAAUAA